AUGAGCUGCGAUCAAGAUGCGGUUGUCGUUGUACGUAUUGGUGAUCCACUGUGUCGACAGUGUUUUGAAGAGUAUUUUCUUCAUAAAUUUCGAUCAACAUUGUCGAAAAGUAAAAUUUUUGAUAAAGGCGAGCGUGUUUUGAUUGGUUACUCUGGUGGCUCAUCGUCAACAGCUUUAAUUCAUUUGAUACAUGACGGUUUGAGUCUUAGAACGAAAAAAAGAAUUUUGUUAGAACCUCAUGUAGUAUUCAUUGAUGAAACGUGCCUGUAUGAAAAUGUCUGUAGUAAACUGAUAACUGACAAAGUCACAGAACUUGUUUCAACAAAAUUAGGAUAUCCAUUACAUAUUCUGCCUUUGAAUCAAAAUUUUAAUGAAGAUGAAUGUGAUCUGAAUGAAUAUAUUAGAAGUACCAAAUCGUUAACAGCACGUGAAGAACUUGUUCGUCGCUUAAAGUUAAAUUUAUUGAUUGAAACAGCAAGAAAAGAACAGUGUUCAAAACUAUUAUUAGCCGACAAUUGUACAAAACUAGCCGCACAAAUAUUGUCGGAUAUGUGCAAUGGGAAAGGUGCACAUGUUGCAUUCGACUCAGACGAACGAUUUAACGUGUGCUACGCUUGUCGACGUUUAUUAAAAGAUCUGGUCGGUGUAAAUGAUAGAGCGUAA